CCGGAAAUUGGCUGCGACGCCGCGACGUUUGGUGUUCUGUUUGGAGACGCUGGGAAAAGUCUGCGUGGUGUGUUAAGUAGGAAUGGACACUCAGAAGGACGUUCAACCCCCAAAGCAGCAGCCAAUGAUCUAUAUCUGUGGAGAAUGUCACACAGAAAAUGAAAUAAAAUCCAGGGAUCCAAUCAGAUGCAGAGAAUGUGGAUACAGAAUAAUGUACAAGAAAAGAACUAAAAGAUUGGUGGUUUUUGAUGCUCGAUGAAACAUGGGAAUUCAGAGGAGUGUCUUUCUUUGUACCUGGAUUUGACCCUUGAAUGUUUCUCGUUAUUAUACAGCUUUUUAUUUAGCACAUUUAUCUUAUGAAUACAACUAUAUACAUAUGAUUCCAUUUUAUUUCAUUUUCCAAGUCAAAUUGUGUUUAGGUAUCAGUAAUUUGUGUAAAGACUCUUGUUUAAUUAAAUGACUUAAUUUAAUUUUAUUGUAUUGUGUGAUCAGACACAAAAUGAAAAAUUAAAAUUGCUUCCCCAAAUCACACUUUUAAUUACACGCUUGUUAGAAAUGGAAGUUUCUAAAGUCCUGUAAAAUUCUGAUGAAAGAAGUUCCUUGGAAACUAUAAUUAUAUGUUGUGAACUGUUGGUAAACUCUCUAGCAUUAUUUGGUACAGAUUAAACUAGUCUCCUUCUAUAAAGRUAUAAAAAAUUCAAAACUAGUAGGUAAAAUCAGAAAUGAAUAGACAUAAAGGAAUAGCUGAGAAUAUGUAAAAACAAGUUGCUUCUUCACGUAUACAGGGUCAUAUGCAUGCCUACCCUUCUGAAAUAAGUUCUGUAUAGAAAAUUAGUCAAGG